AAGAAAAAAAAAGAAAAAGAAAAAGAAAAAAGAACAGCUUUACAUUGGGGUAGGUGUUGCAGCACACGUCACCUCUGCUAGCCAUUGUUUUGGAUUUUGGAGAACGUGAGCGCGAAGAUCGGGCGCUCUCUCCAUAACCUUCAACUCCACAGUUCCAACCAAACAAUUCCUCUCUUUCCAUUCCUUGAAAGACCUGCAGUUACCAGUCUCAUUUUCAGUUUGUAAAUGGCUAAAGAUGGUAAGGUGCGGUGCAAGUCCCGGUCUCGAGGUCAGAAGUCGACCCCAUAUUUAUUAUCUUGUGCAAGAAAGAGUCUGAAAGAUGUUAAUGUAAAGAAGAGCUUUUCUAAAGCAUCAGAAAAGAAAGAUUGGGAAGAUGCAAAUUGCUCAGUCUGUAUGGAGGUCCCCCACAAUGCUAUCCUUCUACUUUGUUCAUCUUACAACAAGGGUUGUCGCCCUUAUAUGUGUGCUACUAGUCAUCGUUAUUCAAACUGUUUUGAACAGUACAAAAAGGCAUACACGAAAGCAACUUCUGUUCAAAGUAUGCAGCUAGAAACAGACUAUUCAAAUUUUGAUUUAAGUGCAGGUGAACCUAAUGACAAUACAAAAGUGCCUGAACUUCUUUGCCCCCUUUGUCGCCGGCAGGUGAAAGGUUGGACAGUGGUUGAAGCAGCACGGAAGUCUCUGAAUUGCAAGAAAAGAAGCUGCAUGCAGGAUGAUUGCUCUUUUGUGGGGAAUUACAAGGAACUUAGGAAGCAUGUUAGGUCUAAGCAUCCAUUUUCACGACCACGUGAGGUGGACCCUAUUCGAGAAGAAAAAUGGAAGAGAUUCGAGUGUGAAAGAGAACGGAAUGAUGUGAUCAGCACAAUUUUAUCUUCAACACCAGGGGCUAUGGUACUGGGGGAUUAUGUGCUUGAGCCAAAUGACCAUGCAUUUUAUAGCGAUGAGUAUGAUUCUGAUGAGGAAUAUCUAGAAGAUGAUUUCUUCUCCGUGAGGUCCAUUGGUUUGGGGAGAACUGGCCGCUUUUUGUCAAAUCUUAGGUAUAAUCAGGAACAUGCUGCUAAUUCUUUCGGCGUUGAUCAUUUUGGUUUGCAGAGUGUUGCAUCAACAAGUUCUGCUGCUGUCUCUGGGCGUGGUCUCCACCGGCUACUGUUAGGAAGAUCUAGAAGACGACGGAGACAUAGGAUUCCAAAUGCAGGCAGGUAAAUUAAGAGACGAACUACAGAAAUGUGGGGAAAGAGUUGUGCUUCUGCAAUAUUAUACCAGUGACCUUGACAUGGCUUGUUUUGUUGCUAUGCCAGAGCAGUUUUAUAACGUAGUUGGCAGAGUAUAGCACUUGACCCCAGUUUUAGUUGUGAACCAUGUCAUCUAUAGAUUGAUAUGGUAUCACAUGACUUUCCCUGUUUUCAGUUUUUCAAAUACUGUACAAAAGGCAAUUUUAGAGUGCUCAUUGCCUCCCUGAUUGCUAGGUUUAGGAUAUUAAGGUCAUAAUAUGAUUGUUAGAUCCCAUAGGCUGGACUGGUUGUUAUUCCGUAAUGCAAAGUGUUGAAUUGAACAGGUGAUUAGGGACAAGGAGAUGUCCCAAAUAAUUUCGUUUUGAAGUGAUGUGGUUU